UGGAGGUUUCUGGAGAUAGGGUUCGAUUCCAGUUUUUGAAUUUGAACUGCCAUUCUAUCCACUAUUGGGUCGUAGAAAGGUUGGUGAGAACUGAGGAGUUGUAUUACUUGAAUCCAUCUCAUCAUGAAGGUCGAGGAGUUGUAACAGGUGGACCUGGUUUGUCAUCUAAGAGUUUUAUGCUUUUCUCCGAUAUACUCUGCAAGUGGAUUUCAGAUAGGACGACUAGAAAUCGGGUUCCUGGACAGCAGUGAUUCAUUGAGAUUUUUUCCUUCCUCGUUGAUGUCGAUCUCCGAGAAGCCGUCAUCCUCUACCCGAGAAUUUGAUCCUCUGUUGAAGGAUCUCAGCGAAAAGAAACAGAGUUUCCGGCGAAAUGUUGUUUCUUUGGCAGCGGAGCUCAAGGAUGUUCGGGGUCGCCUUGCUUCACAGGAAGAAUCAUUUGCCCGAGAAACACUUACGAGACAGGUAGCGGAGACGAGAGCAAGAAGUCUGGAAGAAGAAAUGGUUCGAUUGCAGAAAAGCUUGGAAGAUAGGGACGGGCAGCUCCAAGCAUCCGCAUCUACAGCAGAGCAGAUAUCAACCUAUCCUAGCAAAACUCCACCCUGCAGAUUUGAGUACUUGAAGGAGCUGGAUGCUCUACGGAAUCAGCUCUCUGCCACUCAAGCUACAGCAGAUGCAAGUGCUGUAUCUGCUCAAUCAGCUCAGUUACAGUGUUUGGCCUUGGUAAAGAAACUUGAUGAGAAGAACAGUUCUUUGAAGGAGCAUGAGGAUCGUGUUAGUAGGCUAGGAGAGCAGUUGGAUCACUUGCAAAAGGACCUUCAAGCAAGAGAGGUUUCUCAGAAGCAGCUGAAAGAUGAAGUUUUAAGAAUAGAACAGGAGAUUAUGCAAGCGAUUGCCACAGCUGGAUCUAACAAGGAUUGUGAACUGAGGAAAAUCCUUGACGAGCUUUCUUCUAAGAACUUUGAGAAGAUCAAUAAACUUCUAACUGUGAAGGAUGAAGAGAUAGCCAAAUUGAGAGAUGAAAUCAGGAUUAUGUCUGCGCAUUGGAAACUAAAAACUAAGGAGUUGGAGUCACAGUUAGAGAAGCAUCGGAAAGCUGAUCAGGAAUUGAAGAAGAGGGUUCUGAAGUUGGAGUUCUGUCUUCAGGAAGCUCGCUCUCAGACAAGAAAGCUCCAAAGGAUGGGAGAGAGGAGGGACAAAGCUCUGAAAGAACUCAGAGAUCAGUUGGCUAUGAAGCAACAGGGAGCAGGGUUGGGUGCUGAAAAACAAAACUUUUGGGAGAGCUCUGGUUUCAAGGUUGUGGUUUCAAUGUCAAUGUUGAUCCUGGUAGUGUUUGCAAAACGGUAAAAUCAAAUUUAUUUAUUCAAUUUGGUUUAAAGUAGAGCAGAGGUAUAGCUGUAUAAAUUAGUUUCCAUCGAGACGAGGGAGAAUUGGUUUUGAACCGUUCUCCCUUCUAUUUUGUAAAGUGAUUGCUAGGGUUAGUUUAUGGGCCAACAGCAGAGACCAUUUUUUCUUGUUCCUAUUUUCAAUUAUCUUUUGAUAUGGAGAUAUUGCUGAUUUAUUGAAUCACUAUGACAUAUUUCUCCAGAUGAAGUCUUGCAUUGCCUGGUAAAAUCUGCAUUUGGUUGUCAAAUGUGCCAUUGCAUUGUUUUAGAGGGAAAGUAAUAUUAUAUUUAA